AUGACGACCAGGAUGAUGCCCAUGCGGACGGGCUCCUCAGCCCUUCGCUCGAUAUCGAGACGCAGACCCUCAUGCUCCCAGUCCUUUACCACAACCACGCCCGCGGCAGCUUUGUCGCCCUACCGAAAAUCCCCCAAAUCCACCACCGACCUGUCGAGAAGACCUGCAACGACUGCUGCAGCUCCAGCACAAACCACCCGACCAACCCCCAGUCCCGCGUUCAACAAUGACUACCGCCGAAAUGAGCCCUCGCCGUUGGUCAACCGGCAGAUGCCUGAGCUCGACGACUCGUUCGUCGGUCUCAGUGGAGGAGAGAUCUUCCACGAGAUGAUGCUGCGGCAAGGUGUCAAACAUAUCUUUGGCUACCCUGGUGGUGCCAUUCUCCCCGUAUUCGAUGCCAUCUACAACUCAAAACACCUCGAUUUCAUCUUGCCCAAACACGAACAAGGCGCAGGACACAUGGCGGAGGGCUAUGCAAGAGCUUCUGGCAAACCUGGAGUCGUGCUGGUCACCUCCGGUCCGGGCGCUACCAAUGUCAUUACACCCAUGCAGGAUGCCCUUUCGGACGGCACUCCCAUGGUGGUCUUCACCGGCCAGGUGCCCACCACGGCCAUUGGCACCGACGCUUUCCAAGAAGCCGACGUGAUUGGCAUCUCCCGAGCGUGCACAAAGUGGAACGUCAUGGUCAAGAACGUGGCCGAACUCCCUAAGAGGAUCAAGGAGGCCUUCGAGAUUGCCACCUCUGGUCGACCGGGCCCCGUCCUGGUAGAUCUGCCCAAAGAUGUCACGGCCGGCAUUUUGAGGAGACCCAUUCCUAUGCAAUCGACUCUGCCGUCCCACCCGUCCGCUGCCACCCUCGCGGCUCGAGAACUCUCUCGCAAACAGCUGGAGGGAACCAUUUCUCGCGUGGCCGACCUCGUCAACAUUGCCAAAAAGCCCGUCAUCUACGCUGGGCAGGGCAUUUUGGGAACGCCCGAGGGUCCUCAGCUCUUGAGAGAACUGGCCGACAAAGCCUCCAUCCCCGUGACGACGACCUUACAGGGUCUGGGAGGAUUCGAUGAACUCGACCCGAAAUCCUUACAUAUGCUCGGAAUGCAUGGCUCGGCGUAUGCCAACAUGGCCAUGCAGGAGGCGGAUCUCAUCAUCGCCUUGGGCGCCCGAUUCGACGACCGUGUGACCCUCAACAUUGCCGGGUUUGCACCCCAAGCCAAGGCGGCGGCCGCCGAAAAGCGUGGAGGUAUUGUGCACUUCGAAAUCAUGCCUAAGAACAUCAACAAAGUCGUUCAGGCCACGGAAGCCGUCGAAGGUGAGGUGGCCACCAACCUGGCCGAACUCAUCCCCAAAGUCAAGCCCGUCAAGGACCGUCCGGAAUGGUUUGCCCAGAUCAAAGACUGGAAGGAGCGAUUCCCACUUACCAGCUUCGAAAAGGGCACGCCGGACGGAUUGAUCAAGCCUCAGGAACUGAUCAUGAAACUCUCCGACAUGACUGCGCACAUGAAGCAAAAGACCAUCAUCGCCACCGGUGUAGGCCAGCAUCAAAUGUGGGCCGCCCAGCACUUCCGGUGGCGGCAUCCACGGACCAUGAUCACCUCCGGUGGCUUGGGCACGAUGGGCUUCGGUCUGCCCGCCGCCAUUGGCGCGAAGGUGGCUCAACCGGACGCCUUGGUUAUCGAUAUCGACGGCGACGCCUCGUUCAACAUGACCUUGACUGAGCUGAGCAGCGCCAACCAAUUCCAGAUUGGCGUCAAAGUCAUUAUUCUCAACAACGACGAACAAGGCAUGGUCACCCAGUGGCAGAGCUUGUUCUACGAGGAUCGAUUUGCCCAUACUCACCAGAAGAACCCUGACUUUGUCAAACUGGCCGAGGCCAUGGGUGUCCAGGCACGACGAUGUGCCAAGCCUGCCGAUGUGGAGGACAGCUUACAGUGGUUGAUCAGCGGCAGUGGCGAAGGCCCGGCGCUUUUGGAGGUCUUGACAGACAAGAAGGUGCCUGUGUUGCCCAUGGUUCCGGCUGGCAAGGCUUUGCAUGAAUUCCUGGUCUACGACGAAGCCAAAGAAAAGGAACGGAGAGCUCUGAUGAAGCAACGAUCAGGACACUAA